AUGCGGAAUCUCUCAGUGGUGACUGAGUUUAUCCUGCUGGGCAUCCCACACACAGAGGGUCUGGAGACCAUGCUAUUUGCCUUGUUUCUGUCCUUCUACAUCUUCACCCUUAUAGGGAACCUGCUCAUACUUCUGGCAAUUGUCUCCUCCACUCGGCUUCACACUCCCAUGUACUUCUUCUUAUGCAAAUUGUCUAUUUGUGACAUAUUUUUCCCUUCUGUGAGUUCCCCCAAGAUGCUAUUCUACCUCUCAGGGAACAGCCGAGCCAUCUCCUAUGCAGGAUGUGUGUGCCAGCUCUUCUUCUACCAUUUCCUGGGCUGCACUGAGUGCUUCCUCUACACAGUGAUGGCCUAUGACCGCUUUGUUGCCAUCUGUCACCCUCUACGCUACACAAUAAUCAUGAGCCACAGAGUGUGCGCCAUCUUGGCCACAGGGACCUCGUUUUUUGGCUGCAUUCAGGCCACCUUUCUGACCACUCUCACCUUCCAGCUGCCCUACUGUGGCCCCAAUGAGGUGGACUAUUACUUCUGUGACAUCCCAGUGAUGCUGAAGCUGGCUUGUGCAGACACCUCAUCUCUGGAGAUGGUGGGGUUCAUCAGUGUUGGCCUCAUGCCCCUCAGCUGCUUCCUUCUCAUUCUCACCUCCUACAGCUGCAUUGUCCACUCCAUUCUGCAGAUCCGCUCUGCUGAAGGCAGACGUCGUGCCUUCUCCACCUGCAGUGCCCACCUCACUGCCAUUCUGCUUUUCUACAUGCCUGUGGUCCUCAUCUACUUAAGGCCAACCCCAAGUCCCUGGCUGGAUGCAACUGUACAGGUUCUGAACAACUUGGUCACUCCCAUGCUGAAUCCCUUGAUCUAUAGCCUCAGGAAUAAGGAGGUGAAAUCAUCACUACAAAGUGUCCUACAUCACCUGGGCUUCCUUCCUGAGCAGCUAUAG